GCCAUCAGCCGCGUCUGCGAAGCCGUCCCUGGCGCCAAGGGAGCCUUCAGGAAGAGAAAGCCUCCCAGCAAAAUGCUGUCCAGCAUCUUGGGCAAGAGCAACCUCCAGUUUGCGGGCAUGAACAUCUCCCUGACCGUGUCCACCGCCAGCCUGAACCUGCGGACGCCCGACUCCAAACAGAUCAUCGCCAACCACCACAUGCAGUCCAUCUCGUUCGCCUCCGGGGGAGACCCGGACACAACCGACUACGUUGCGUACGUAGCUAAGGACCCUGUUAACCGCAGAGCGUGUCACAUUCUGGAGUGCUGCGACGGGCUGGCCCAGGAUGUCAUCGGCUCCAUCGGACAGGCCUUUGAACUCCGCUUUAAGCAGUAUUUGCAGUGUCCUUCCAAGGUCCCCGCUUUCCAUGACCGAAUGCAGAGUCUGGACGAGCCUUGGACUGAAGAGGAGGGGGAUGGCUCAGACCACCCGUACUACAACAGCAUCCCAAGCAAGGCGCCCCCUCCGGGGGGCUUUGUGGACGUGCGGCUGCAAGCCAGACCCCAUGCCCCUGACACGGCCCAGUUUGCAGGCAAAGAGCAGACGUACUACCAAGGGAGACACCUGGGAGAGCCGUUCGGCGAAGACUGGAAGCAAGCACCUGUCCGGCAAGGGUCCUUGGACACCUACAGCCUGCCGGAAGGGAGAGCUCACGCGGGCCCCGGAGAAGCCCCCACCUACGUGAACGCCCAGCACAUCCCGCCGCAGGCCACGCCGGCCUCCGGCAGCAGCGCGGAGAGCAGCCCGCGGAAAGACCUCUUCGACAUGAAACCCUUUGAAGACGCUCUCAGGAACCAGUCCUCGGGGCCUGUGCUGAGCAAGGCGGCCUCCGUGGAGUGCAUCAGCCCUGUCACGCCCAGAGCCCCCGAUGCCAAGAUGCUGGAGGAGCUGGAAGGGGAGCCUUGGUACCAAGGGGAGAUGAGCCGGAAGGAGGCCGAGGGGCUGCUGAAGAACGACGGGGACUUCCUGGUCAGGAAGAGCGCCACCAACCCGGGCUCCUUCGUCCUCACCGGCAUGCACAACGGCCAGGCCAAGCACCUGCUGCUCGUGGACCCAGAGGGCACGGUCCGGACGAAGGACAGGGUCUUCGACAGCAUCAGCCACCUCAUCAACCACCACCUGGAGAACAGCCUGCCCAUCGUCUCUGCUGGAAGCGAGCUCUGUCUCCAGCAGCCGGUGGAGAAGCCCCUGUGACCGGCCGGCCACCCCGUCCUGACCCUGCACCGGUGGUCAGGAGACCUGGUUCUUCCCGGGAAAUGGGUACAGGGGCUAUGGAAACUCGGGCAGCCGCCCACAGGCUCAGAGCCUUGUCCAAAUGCCCCAGGAGGAAGGUGUCCGAAAAGUGCAAGUUUCAUAAACUUGUCCUGAUUUUCUCGUGUGCAUAUUAAAGGUGUACAUACCUAUACAUCCUGUACAAAUUAGCCCUCUAUAUUUAUUUUUUUUAAGACUAAGAAAGAUGUAAGACUAAUGUUCUGUGCUGUAUGUUUUUAAUGGAAAAAAAAGUUUGACUCUAGUUGUCCGGGCAAAAAAUUUAAUUCAACCGACCCAUUCUCCUGAGAAAUUCCCCUAGGAAGAUGUGACCUGCAGUUUUACCCGAUAAGCACAACACGGGGACUAGAAGCAGGCAGGAGGGUUUUAAAAAUAUGGAGUCGGCGCAGAAGAAGGCGGGCUGCCACCCGAAAGGGCCUAGCUCUGGUCCCGGGGGC